AUGCGGGGACUCCGCUCUAUACCCUUCGUUGCUGGUCUGGGCUCGCUUCUUCUACCCCAUGCUUUAGCCCAAGGAGAAACAAAAAUACAUGAAAAAGGCCGCUGUGCCAUCCGAGGGCACUGUGGGAAGCAGUCAUUUUUUGGGGGAGAGCUGCCGUGUCCGGACAAUGGAGUUGCGGAGGAGCCCGAAGCAACGGUGAGGAAGAAAUUGGUAGAUUUAUGUGGCAGCAAAUGGGAAGAAGGGCCAGUGUGUUGUGAAGAUGAGCAGGUCGAUGCGCUUUCUAGGAAUUUGAAACUGGCCGAGGGAAUUAUAGCCUCCUGCCCUGCGUGCAAAGAGAACUUUUUCAACACUUUCUGCACUUUUACAUGCUCGCCAGAUCAGUCUCUCUUCGUAAAUGUGACACAAACUGAAGAGAAAAGUCCCGACAAAUUCCUUGUGACAGAGUUGGACAACGUGUGGUCAGAAGACUACCAGCGUGGCUUUUUCGACAGCUGCAAGAAUGUGAAGAAUGGUGCUUCAGGCGGUAAGGCCAUUGAUUUCAUCGGAGGUGGUGCAAAGAACUAUACUCAGUUUAUGAAGUUUCUGGGAGACAAAAAACUGCUGGGCAGUCCAUUCCAGAUGAACUACAAAACAGAGCCAGUCGGACCUGACCCGCAUGGCAUGAAAGCUUUAUCAAUUAAGCCGAAAGCGUGCAAUGAUUCGGACGAGGCAUUCCGUUGCUCUUGUGUGGACUGUCCGGAUGUGUGCCCGGAAUUGCCGGCAGUAGAAACAAACACCCACUGCUAUGUGGGACUCCUGCCUUGUCUGUCUUUUUCUGUGAUCCUUAUCUACUCCGUAUUUUUAUUACUAGUCGUGGCGCUCUCCAGUUAUUUCACAUAUAGGGAACGACGAUAUCGCAAGCCUGAACGUGUUCGACUUCUUCAGGAUCCUAACCCAAGCGACGAUGAGGAUGAGGGUGAUAUUAUCCACUCCGGGGGUUACAUUGAGCAACCCGGCGGUGUAUACAGAUUGAACUCCGCGUUGGACGUCCUAUUUAAUCGCAUCGCAGGCACCUGCGCCCGCUUUUCAUCACUCACCAUUUUCACUAGUCUCGUGGUGGUUGGAUUGCUAAAUCUGGGUUGGAUGAGAUUUUCUGUAGAAAGGGACCCUGUGCGGCUAUGGGUGAGCCCUAACUCGGCAGCCUUCCAAGAGAAGGAAUAUUUCGAUGCCAAUUUCGGCCCCUUCUAUCGGGCAGAGCAAGCUUUCGUGGUCAACAGCACUGCAGACGGAGACGGUCGAAUACUAAAUUACGAAACCUUAAGCUGGUGGUUCGAUGUCGAGUCUCGAGUUCGCCGGAUGAUUUCUUUGGACCGGGAACUGAUCUUGGAUGACGUCUGCUUUAAACCAACAGGUGGUGCCUGUGUAAUCCAGUCUUUGACGGGUUACUUUGGCGGAUCUGUUACGAAUCUCGAUCCCGACACCUGGGCAGACCAACUUACACAUUGCACGGAGUCCCCAGGUGAUUUGGCCUGCCUUCCCGACUUUGGUCAACCUCUCAAACCUGAAAUGCUUCUUGGUGGCUAUGAAGAAACAGGCAAUGUGCUGGAUGCACAGGCACUUGUUGCUACAUGGGUUGUAAACAACCAUGCUCAGGGAACUGAAGGCGAAGCCAAUGCUAUUGAUUGGGAAGACAGCUUCAAGCGCAUCUUUGACGUGGUGCAAGAAGAAGCUAAAGAGCGUGGUCUUCGUGUUUCUUUCAACACAGAAAUCAGCGUCGAACAAGAGCUUAACAAAUCCUCGAACACUGACGCGAAGAUUGUAGUCAUCAGCUACAUCAUCAUGUUUAUAUAUGCAUCCUUGGCUUUGGGCUCAGCUACGGUUACCUGGAGAUCCCUGGCUACAAACCCAGCCAAUGCCCUUGUUCAGUCGAAGUUUACCUUAGGCAUUGUGGGCAUUCUUAUUGUUCUAAUGUCGGUCUCGGCUUCUGUUGGGCUGUUCUCUGCCGCAGGAGUCAAAGCGACUUUGAUCAUAGCGGAGGUUAUUCCUUUCCUCGUAUUAGCCGUUGGAGUGGACAAUAUAUUUUUAAUAGUUCACGAGUUCGAACGGAUUAACAUCAGUCACCCUGACGAAGAAAUUGAUGAGCGAAUUGCUCGGGCUGCGGGCCGAAUUGGCCCUAGCAUUUUCCUCUCCGCUGUUACGGAAACAUUUGCAUUCGCGCUAGGCGCCUUUGUUGGAAUGCCUGCCGUGAAAAAUUUUGCUGUUUAUGCUGCGGGUGCUGUCUUCAUCAAUGCUCUCUUACAGAUUACUAUGUUUCUAUCUGUGCUUGCCUUGAAUCAAAGACGGGUCGAGGGUCUCCGUGCGGACUGCUUUCCAUGUGUGACAGUGCGCAAAGCUCAGUCUGGAAUGGCUGACGACCAAAUCUUUGACGAUCAAGGUGGGGAGAGUAUUUUACAGACAUUCAUUCGUAAAGUGUAUGCUACUCACAUUCUUGGACGCAGGAUCAAGGUGAUAAUUGUUGUUGUGUUUUUGGGUGUCUUGACAGCUGCUUUGGCUCUAAUUCCAGAAGUUGCACUAGGGUUGGAUCAACGCAUCGCUCUCCCAAGCGACUCCUAUUUGAUACAAUAUUUUAAUGAUCUAGACGCCUACUUUGGGAGCGGGCCUCCAGUAUAUUUUGUGACCAGAAAUGUGAACGUGACCGAGCGAAACCAUCAACAACAGCUCUGUGGGCGCUUCACCACCUGCGAAGAAUUCUCUCUCUCUUUUGUCUUGGAACAGGAAUCAAAACGGCCCGAAGUUUCCUAUAUUUCAGGGUCCACUGCGAGCUGGAUUGACGACUUUUUCUACUGGUUAAACCCGCAGCAAGAUUGCUGUAAAGAGGACGGCAAGCUUUGCUUUGAAGACAGAAGCCCUGCCUGGAAUAUCUCUCUUUACGGCAUGCCAGAAGGAUCCGAAUUCGUCCACUAUGUUGAAAAAUGGAUCGAAGCGCCUACUGACUCUUCCUGUCCUUUGGGAGGGAAAGCACCAUAUAGCAAUGCUCUUGUCAUCGAUCCUAAACGACUAAUGACAAACGCGAGCCACUUUAGAACUGCACACACGCCUCUCAGGAGUCAAGAUGACUUUAUUAACUCUUACAAAGCUGCUCGUCGCAUCGCAGAGGGCAUUUCUAAUGAGCAUGGUAUUGAUGUAUUCCCAUACUCUAAAUCCUACGUGUUCUUCGACCAAUAUGUGUCUAUUGUGAAGCUAACAGGCACCCUACUUGGCUUCGCGAUUGCCAUUAUUUUCGCCAUUACUUCCACCAUUCUGGGCUCUGUAGCGACGGGAGCUGUGGUAUCGGCCACUGUUGUAAUGAUAGUGGUCGAUGUUAUCGGAUCUAUGGCAGUCGCUGGGGUAUCAUUGAAUGCAGUGUCGCUGGUAAACUUAAUUAUCUGCGUCGGCAUCGGGGUGGAGUUUUGUGCUCAUAUUGCUCGAGCCUUCAUGUUCCCUUCCCGAGCUAUUUUAGAAAAGGCGCCCACCAAGUUCCGGGGCAAGGAUGCUCGGGCCUGGGCAGCUUUGGCCAACGUAGGAGGCAGUGUCUUCAGUGGUAUUACCUUGACGAAACUGCUGGGUGUGUGUGUUCUGGCAUUCACGCGUAGUAAAAUCUUUGAGAUUUACUACUUCCGUGUCUGGCUAGCUCUGAUUUUGUUUGCUGCUACUCAUGCACUCAUCUUUUUACCCGUAGCACUCAGCUAUUUCGGUGGAGAGGGAUAUGCUGACCCCGGUUCCGAUGGAGGCCUUGAAGAGAACCUUGCGUCCAGGGGAUAUCGUUCCCUGCUGGCUGACGAUGGUUAUGAUUCAGAAGAAUACUAG